AUGGCGGGAUCAUCCCCGCGCAGGUUGGAAGCGCUCGCCCUGUGCUUCCUCGUGUUCCUGUUACCGGGCGUCUCCGGAUGUGGAGGCAACCUGACGGCUCCCUCUGGAGGCCCCGUCACGUCACCGAACUACCCCAGUAACUAUGGCAACAGCCAGGGGUUCAAUUUCUCCUACACAAGUAACAACACGUAUGCGUCCACACAGCGAGGUGAUACGCAGUACAAGAUACACACCGAGGCCAAGACCCGCGACGCUGCCAAACAAACGUGUGCUGCAGACGGCGGCCAUCUUGUGGACAUCAAAACUGAAGCUCUGCACAACUUCCUUGUUGAAAUGAUAAACGUCAAUGCUGGUGGCGGAACAGACUACUGGAUAGGCCUCAGUGACGACGAGGGGGGCAAUGACUUCACAUGGUCGGAUGGAACUCCUGUGGAUGACUGUGGCUACAGUAACUGGGCGCCGGGGGAACCGAGAAACGUGCCUACAACGGGCUGUGUCCAGCUGUGGUCUGACCAUGACUUCAAAUGGGACGAUGAUCUCUGUGGACAGAACAAGUCUUUCAUUUGCCAAAAGGGUGACCAGGGCAUGUGUGACAGAAACACAGCUGUGGAUUAUUGCCGCCCAGACCCGUGCGUCAAUGGGACCUGUACGAGCGGGGCAGACAACUUCACCUGCGCCUGUGACGAGGGCUACGAAGGAGAAACUUGUGAAGUACCCAUCACUGCCUGUCCAGAGUUACCGCUUCCAAACGGCAACAGGACAGAAGGUCAUCUUUACGGAGACACAAUCUCCUUUUCCUGUAAGGAAGGCUACGAACUGAUCGGUUCUGAAAACAGAACUUGCCAGGCCAACCAGAGCUGGUCGGGUGUACAGACCAAUUGCUCCAGAAAAGCCUGCCCAGAGCUGCCAUUUCCAAACAACGGCAACAGGACAGAGGGUCAUCUUUACGGAGACACAGUCACCUUUUCCUGUGACGAAGGCUACGAACUGAUCGGUUCUGAAAACAGAACUUGCCAGGCCGACCAGAGCUGGUCAGGUGUACAGACCAAUUGCUCCAGAAAAGCCUGCCCAGAGCUUCCAUUUCCAAACAACGGCAACAGGACCGAGGGUCAUCUUUACGGAGACACAGUCACCUUUUCCUGUGACGAAGGCUACGAACUGAUCGGUUCUGAAAAUAGAACUUGCCAGGCCAACCAGAGCUGGUCAGGUGUACAGACCAAUUGCUCCAGAAAAGCCUGCCCAGAGCUUCCAUUUCCAAACAACGGCAACAGGACAGAGGGUCAUCUUUACGGAGACACAGUCACCUUUUCCUGUGACGAAGGCUACGAACUGAUCGGUUCUGAAAACAGAACUUGCCAGGCCGACCAGAGCUGGUCAGGUGUACAGACCAAUUGCUCCAGAAAGCUCUGCCAACAACUGAUGGCACCUUCUAAUGGCAACAUCAGCGGCGGUAGUUCUUAUGAGGACGUCGUUGCUUAUCACUGUGACCCUGGAUACGAGAUCAGUGGUGAUGAAGAACGAACAUGCCAGUCGAACCAGACCUGGAGCGGUACACAGCCUACAUGCGUUGAUUGCGUUCCUGACAUCAGCCUGUAUGGAGGAGGAAACAGUGAAUCUUCAGCAGUGAAGAUCGCGCGGCGGACAGCCUUCACCAUACGGAGCCGCAUCAACGUCAUCUGCAAUCAGACCUACGACGUCACGUAUGAGUGGAACGUUUUUCAACAUAACCCAAUGGGUAAUGUAACACAGCCACUGGACUUUCCUAACAAAGUUGUGCGUGAUUCGCAAGACAUCACAAUUCCGAGAAACAGCUUGGGCUAUGGCUCCACGAUUGUUGAGCUGAACGCUACCAUGGACUUCCCGACUACUGGAAGCAAAAAGUCACAGGUCCAAAAACAGUGGGUCAUCAUCACACCAUCGGCCCCAGUUGCGCAUAUAGCCGGUGGCUCUGCUAAAUCUGUCAGUCGGGAUGGUGUUCUGGUACUGAACGCAUCAGAGUCGUAUGAUCCGGAUGAAUACAUCGACGACUACAGGGACUUCACUUUUCAUUGGACCUGUCAGACGUCCUAA